AUGCGUAUUAAAGAAAGUCGUGUCGGAAUCACAAAUUUACAUAAUCUAUUCCACCUAUCCGUUACACCAGUUUUAUAUACCUACUACACAAAGGAUGAUAUUGGAACCAUUCCGAUCUACUGCCCCUACGAUUACGAUUACCCAAGGCACGAAUUUCUAUUAGCCUGUCAAAUUCGCCUUAUAAAUUUCAUCGCAAUGUGGUUGUUUGCCGGGAUAGGCACACUGCUUGUAAUCUUCAUACCUGCCGGGAUUUUCCCGCUUGAUGAGGAGGAACGCCUGAAAAAUAAGGAGAUAGAUUUCUAUUAUGUGUGGACAGGGCAUAAAAGGAUAUAG